AUGGCGGCGGAACGGCCGCUGAAGGUCACAGAAUCACAGAAUGGCCGGCUGCUCGCCGGGCUGGUGCCCGACCAGUUCCAGAUGUGCCGGAGGAACCUGGAGGUCAUGCCCAGCAUCGUCCGGGCCGCCCGCCAGACCCAGAGCAUCUGCCAGAAGACCUUUGCAGACAUGAGGUGGAACUGCUCCUCCGUCCAGCGUGCCCCCAGGUUUGGCCCUGACCUGCUGAAAGGGCCCCGGGAAUCCGCCUUCGUCUACGCCCUGGCUGCUGCCGCCGUCACGCCCUCCAUCGUGGUGAGUGACUCCCUGGACACCAAGUGUAAAUGCCACGGUGUUUCAGGCUCCUGUUCGGUGAAGACCUGUUGGAAGGGACUGCCAGACCUGGAGGAAAUUGCCUCCGACCUCAAGUCCAAGUACCUGGCAGCCAUCAAGGUGACCCACCGGCUCGUAGGGCCCAGGAAGCAGCUGAUACCCAAAGAAACGGACGUCAGGCCGGUGAGAGAGACGGAUCUGGUUUAUCUCAUCAACUCUCCCGACUACUGCACGCCCAAUCUCCACCUGGGCUCGCUGGGGACGCAGGAUAGGGGCCGCGGCUACAACACCUACACGGAGGAGGUGGUGGAGCGGUGUCACUGCAAGUAUCACUGGUGCUGCUAUGUGGUGUGCAAGAAGUGUCGGCGGAAGGUGGAGAGACACGUCUGCAAAUAA